AAACCCCCAUAUCUCUCUAACAACAACAUUUUCAAAAUAAUUAAAAAGGAAAACCCUUUGAUUCACUUUUUCAUAUUUUUUUUUUUUGUAAUUAUUUUAUUUGUUUUUGCCCUUCACAGAUUGAAAAGCCUCAACUUUUAUUCAUUAGCCACAAAACCCUUCUUUGUAGCAUCCACAUCUAGCAGCGACCAAAAGCCCUACCGUCGUGACCGGAGAUAAAAACCGGUGGUGAGCUCAGAGGCUAACGAGUGCAAGCAAGGUAGCCAUGGACUCGGACCUAACCCAAGAGGAAUUCGAUAAGCUAAAGCCCCUCAUCGACACAUACCACAAGUUCGACCCAACGCCAAACAGAUGCACGUCGCUAAUAACGCAGCGCAUCGACGCCCCAGCCCGAACCGUGUGGCCAUUCGUUCGAAGCUUCGAAAACCCCCAGAAAUACAAACACUUCAUCAAGAGCUGUAACAUCAGCGCCGGCGACGGCCGCGUCGGUAGCGUUCGGGAAGUGACCGUCGUUUCAGGCCUUCCGGCUUCGACGAGUACCGAGAGGCUCGAGAUUUUGGACGACGCGAAGCGUAUAUUGAGCUUUAGGGUGGUGGGCGGUGAGCAUAGGCUGAGGAACUACUGGUCAGUGACUUCGGUCAAUGAGUUCCGCAAUGAAGGCAAAGUUUACACCAUUGUUUUAGAGUCUUAUAUAGUUGAUAUACCCGAAGGGAACAGUGGGGAAGAUACUAAGAUGUUUGUGGACACUGUCGUGAAAUUGAAUCUGCAGAAGCUUGGGAUUGUAGCAAUGGGUUCUUUUCAUGGGCAUGAUUGAGAAGAAGAAGAAGAUCCAACUUCCAAGGGAAAUCUUGGAAAUUAAAGUCUGGGAUAUUGGCUUUUAGUAAAUUAUAUAUUUGUUGGCUAACGAAUUCAGUGAUAAUUUUGAUGUUGGAUAUUAUUUUAAGCUCUCAAUAAAUUAUUACAAAGAAAAUUCAAGCAUCAA